GGAUUAGCUGGAUCACACGGCUUCAGUUCAGCUCUGCAGAUUCAGUCCGGCGCUCGGCUCUGACCCGAGGUUCUUCGCCCCACGCCGACCCCAGCAGGGGUUCAACUGGGGAACCAUGAACACGGCCGGUCAGGUCCGACUCCUACUGUGGAAGAACUGGACCCUCCGCAAGAGACAGAAGAUCCGGUUCGUGGUGGAGAUCUUCUGGCCCGUGUUUCUGUUCGCUGGUCUGGUUUGGUUGAGGAAAGCGAAUCCACUUUACCGCCAGCAUGAAUGUCAUUUUCCCAAUAAAGCCUUGCCCUCGGCUGGAAUUCUGCCCUGGAUACAGGGAAUUUUCUGCAAUGCUAAUAAUCCCUGCUUCCGGUACCCAACACCAGCCGAAUCACCGGGAACCAUCUCCAACUACAACAACUCCAUUCUGGCCCGGUUCUACGCCGACUCUCAGGAGCUUCUCUUUAGGGAUACAGAGUUUCAGCAGUUGGGUCGACUGUGGCAGGAAGCGUCCACCCUCAGCGUCUUCAUGGACACCAUGAGGAAAGACCCGGGACGAGUAGCGGGACGAGGACUGAUGGUGGAGGACAUUCUGAAAGAUGACGAGACUCUGACGUCUUUUCUGCUUCGGGACGCCGGACUGUCUGAAUCUGUGGUCCACCAGCUCACCAAAGCGCUGGUGCGAGUCGAACAGUUUGCGUACGGUGUUCCGGAUCUGAAUCUGAAGGACAUCGCGUGCAGUCAGGCUCUGCUGGAACGCUUCAUCAUCUUCCCGAGUCGCCGCGGUCUCUACAGCGUCCGUAAUGCCAUGUGCGCCCUCACCCAGCAGAGACUGCAGGACAUCGAGGACAAACUCUACGCCAACGUGGACUUCUUCAAACUCUUCAAACUGUUGCCGAUGGUGUUGGACAGUGGCUCGUCUGGGGUUGAUCUUCAUUUCUGGGGUCGGGUUCUAAGCGCCGUAUCCGAAAAACUGCAGGAGCUCCUGAACAGGCCGGGCUCCAGGGAUCUGCUCCGGGUUCUGAUGCCGGUGUUUCAGGGCGGUCCCAGCUCCUUCAGCCAGCUCACCUCCAUCGUCUCUGACCUGUUCUGCGGGUACCCGGACGGCGGCGGCUCUCGAGUUAUGUCCUUCAACUGGUACGAAGACAACAACUACAAAGCCUUCCUAGGCAUCAACAACUCACGGAGCCACGAGAGCUACAUCUACGACGACACCGCCACUCCGUUUUGCAACACUCUGAUGCAGAACCUGGAGUCGAACCCAGUUACUAAGAUUGUUUGGAACUCAGUGAAGCCACUGGUGAUGGGGAAGAUCCUCUACUCACCUGACUCACCUGCUGUACAAAAGAUACUAAAGAGUGCCAACACCACGUUUGAGGAGCUGGAGAGGUUGAUGAACAUGAUGAAGGUCUGGGAGGAAGUCGGUCCUCAGCUGUGGCAGUUUUUUCAGGACAGCAUCCAGAUGAACAUGAUCCGGGACACCCUGAGGAACCCCACGGUGAUGGACUUCCUGGACCGGCGUCUGGAGGACAGUCAGUUCAACACUAAACACAUCCUGAACUUCCUGCACAACGGCUGUGAAACCGAACGCUACGGGGACAUGCCCAGCUUCGACUGGAGGAACGUCUUCAACCUCACGGACCAGGUCAUCCGCAUGUUCAUCCAGUACAGCGAGUGUAUAAACCUGGAUAAGUUUGUGGGUCACAUGGACGAGGACCAGCUGAGCCACCAGGCUCUGUAUCUAUUGGAGGAGAACAAGUUCUGGGCGGGGCUUGUGUUUACCAACAUGUACCCCUGGACCACCACCCUGCCCAAACACAUCAAAUACAAGAUCCGCAUGGACAUCGACGCCGUGGAGCGCACCAACAAGAUCAAAGACAGGUACUGGGACCCCGGGCCGAGGGCGGACCCGAUGGAGGACCAGCGGUAUAUCUGGGGGGGGUUUGCGUAUCUGCAGGACAUGAUUGAACAUGGAAUCCUGAAGAUCCAGACGGGUCAGGACUGGCCGAUGGGCGUUUACGUCCAGCAGAUGCCCUACCCCUGUUACGUAGACGACAUGUUCAUGCUGACGCUGAACCGCUGCUUCCCGAUCUUCAUGGUUCUGGCGUGGAUCUACUCCGUCUCCAUGAUGGUGAAGAGCAUUGUGCUGGAGAAGGAGAUGCGGCUGAAGGAGACGCUGAAGGCCAUGGGGGUCACCAACGCCGUCAUCUGGUACACCUGGUUCAUCGACAGCUUCAUCAUGAUGACCAGCAGCACCGCCCUGCUCACCAUCAUCGUCAUGAUUGGAAAGGUGCUGAACUACAGCAAUCCCAUCAUCCUCUUCUUCUUCCUGCUGACCUUCUCCACCGCCACCAUCAUGCAGUGCUUCCUGAUGAGCGUCUUCUUCAACAAGGCGAACCUGGCGGCGGCGUGUAGCGGCAUCAUCUACUUCACCCUCUACCUCCCCCACAUCCUCUGCUUCGCCUGGCAGGACCGCAUCACCAAGAACAUGAAGCUCGGCGUGAGCUUGCUGUCUCCGGUGGCGUUCGGUUUCGGGACGGAGUACCUGUCCCGCUAUGAGGAGCAGGGCCUGGGACUGCAGUGGGACAAUAUCGGCACCAGCCCACUAGAGGGCGAUGAGUUUUCCUUCCUCAACUCCAUCGGGAUGAUGCUCUUCGACUCGGUUCUGUACGCAGUUCUGGCCUGGUACCUCGACAACGUCUUCCCAGGUCAGUACGGGAUUGGUCGUCCGUUCUACUUUCCUCUCCAGCCAUCCUACUGGCAGAGACCAGAGCGCCCCCUCUCAGACAUGGCUGAUCCAGCUCCAGCGAAUCCUCCUGCGGAGAACCUGGAGAACCAUGAAAAGGUGGAGAACGUAGAAAAGGUGGAGCAGAGGGAGGACGAGGAGAGUCCGGCUGUGGAGCGAUCAGUUCCCGACUGUAACGGGUCCCGUAAGCAGUGUAAACACCAGGACCGGCGGGAGAAACGGGAGCGGGAGAAAGAGGAGAUGCUGAGGAAAGAAGAAGAUCCUCCAGAACCACAACCACAACUUACCGGGAACCUGUUUUUUGAGGCGGAGCCGGAGGGGCUGGUGCUGGGCGUGGCAGUGAAGGAUCUGGUGAAGGUUUACUCUGGAAGCUCGAGGCCGGCGGUGAACUGCCUCAACAUCACCUUCUAUGAAGGACAGAUCACUUCCUUCCUCGGCCACAAUGGCGCCGGGAAAACCACCACACUGUCGAUCCUGACUGGGCUGUUUCCGCCCACCUCGGGGACGGCGUAUGUUAACGGGAUGGACAUUCGGACGGAUAUGGACGCGAUUCGCCAGUCUCUCGGCAUGUGCCCCCAGUACAACAUCCUCUUCAACCAUCUGACGGUGGAGGAGCACAUCCUGUUCUAUUCGCUGCUGAAAGGCCGGGAGCAGAAGGAGGCGGAGCAGGAGGUCGAGGACAUGCUGGAGGACCUGGGUUUACCCAAUAAGAGAGACGAUGAGGCUCAGAACCUCUCCGGGGGUAUGCAGAGGAAGUUGUCGGUGGCGAUGGCGUUUGUCGGAGGAUCUAAGGUGGUGAUUUUGGACGAGCCGACGUCGGGGGUGGACCCGUACUCCAGACGCUCCAUCUGGGACCUGCUCCUCAAAUACCGCACAGGACGUACGGUGAUCCUCUCCACCCACCACAUGGACGAGGCUGAUCUGCUGAGCGACCGGGUCGCCAUCAUCUCUAAAGGUCAGCUGCACUGCUGCGGUUCUCCUCUGUUCCUGAAGAACUGCUUCGGCGUGGGGUUCUACCUCACUCUGGUGCGCCGAAUCAAAGAUCUCCGCAAGAAAGAGAAUGAGUGUGACUGCACCUCAGAGUGCUCCUGCACCUGCUCCACCUGCACCAGGUACAAGGAGGAGAGUCAGGGGCUGUACGUGGACCGAGCGCUGGACGGCGAUGUGGAGAGCAUCACCAGCCUGAUCCACCACCACGUCCCGGAGGCCAAGCUGAUCGAGAUGAUUGGUCAGGAGAUGACUUACCUGCUGCCCAAUAAGGGCUUUAAGCACCGAUCGUACGCCAGCCUGUUCCGCGAGCUGGAGGAGACGCUGGGGGACAUGGGGCUCAGCAGCUUCGGCAUUUCAGACACCUCGCUGGAGGAGAUCUUCCUGAAGGUAACUGCAGACGGAGAAGCAGCUAACGGAACCGUCAACCCAGAGAAUUGGAUGCUGCAGCAGCGGAGGAACGGCCGGGAGUCCGGCGCUAACACUCCGGCCCCCGAAGAGGUGAAUGGAACGCCAGAGAACGGCGUUCAGGGGAAUGGCGUGGGGAAGCACGAGGAGUCGGACAGCAGUGCUGGGAAGGCGUCCCGGCAGGUGAAGGGCUUCACUUUGGUUCUAAAGCAGUUCCACGCUCUACUGGUGAAGAGACUCCACCACGCCACCCGCAGCCAAAAGGACUUCCUCGCUCAGAUAGUUCUGCCGGCCAGUUUUGUUCUGAUCGCUCUGAUCUUCACGCUGAUCGUUCCUCCGUUUGGAGAGUACCCCAGUUUGACCCUCAGCCCCGCCAUGUACGGCCAGCAGUUCACCUUUCUCAGCAACGAACGACCCGACCACCCCACCAUGACCCGCUUCAUCUACACCACCCUCGCAGAACCCGGACUCGGCACCCGCUGCAUGAUGGACCCGCUCGCAGAAACUCCGGUGUGCAGUAACGGCUCCUCUGAUUGGACGGAUCCUCCUGUAUCUCCUGUGGUCAGUAAUAUAUUGCUGAGUCCUGAGUGGACGGAGAGAAACCCCUCCCCUUCCUGUCAGUGCAGCUCCGGGAACAAGCUGAUCAUGCUGCCAGUCUGUCCAAUAGGAGCAGGAGGACUGCCCCCCCGCCAGAGGACAGAAGCGAGCGGGGACGUCCUGCAGGACCUGACGGACCGGAACAUCUCGGACUAUCUGGUGAAGACGUACCCCAGUCUGAUCAAAACCAGCCUGAAGAGCAAGUACUGGGUGAACGAGCAGAGGUACGGGGGUCUCUCUGUUGGGGGGAAGCUGCCGGUUCUGGACGUCGACCCCAAAGACAUCCAGAGGGUUCUGUCUCAGGUCGGCCAGAUGAUGAACAUCACCGGGGGUCCUCGUUCUAAGCUGGCGCUGAAGGACGUCGGGCCGUUUCUUCGCUACAUGGAGAGCGAGUAUAACGUUAAGGUGUGGUAUAAUAAUAAAGGAUGGCACGCCAUGGUGUCCUUCAUGAACGUGGCGAAUAACGCCAUCCUCCGCGCCAACCUGCCCCCCCACACCAACCCGGCGGAGUACGGCAUCACCGCCAUCAACCACCCGCUAAACCUCACCAAGGAGCAGCUCUCUGAGGUCACUGUGUUGACCACCUCGGUGGACGCGGUGGUGGCAAUCUGUGUGAUCUUUGCCAUGUCCUUCAUCCCGGCGAGCUUCGUCCUCUACCUCAUCCAGGAGCGCGUCACCAAGGCCAAACACCUGCAGUUCGUCAGCGGCGUCAGUCCACUCGUCUACUGGGUCGCCAACUUCUUCUGGGACAUGUUGAACUAUGGGAUCAGCACGGCGAUGGUGGUGGGGAUCUUCGUUGGGUUUGAUAAGAAGUGCUACACGUCUCCCUCCAACCUGCCGGCUCUGGUAGCUCUGCUGUCUCUGUACGGGUGGUCCGUCACCCCGAUGAUGUACCCCAUGUCCUACAUCUUCAGCAUCCCGAGCACGGCGUACGUCUCGCUGUCCUGCGUCAACCUGUUCAUCGGCAUCAACAGCAGCGCCAUCACCUUCAUCCUGGAGCUGUUUGAGAACAACCGCUCUCUGCUGAUGUUUAACGAGGGUCUGAAGAAGGUGCUGCUGGUGUUUCCUCACUUCUGUUUGGGACGAGGUCUGAUAGAUCUGGCCAUGAACCAGGCAGUGACCGACGUCUACGCCCGAUUCGGGGAGGAGCACAGUCUGGACCCGUUCAGGUGGGAUUUUGUGGGAAAGUAUCUGGUUUUUAUGGCCAUUGAGGGUCCGGUCUACUUCCUCCUGAACCUCCUGAUCCAGUACCGGUUCUUCCUCGACCACUGGUUGUCUGAUUACAGUCAGAUCUCAGUAAAUGAUGAAGACGAUGACGUGGCUCAGGAGAGACAGAGGGUCUACAGCGGAGGAUCCAAAAACGACAUCCUGCACAUCCGAGACCUGUCCAAGACGUAUGUGGGCAGGAAGAGGCCGGCGGUGGACAGGAUCUGUGUGGGGGUUCCAGCAGGGGAGUGUUUCGGGCUGCUCGGGGUGAACGGAGCCGGAAAAACCACCACCUUCAAAAUGCUGACCGGAGACACCGACGUUACCUCCGGAGAGGCUUCAGUCGCGGGAUACAGUAUUCUGAGUAAUAUUCUGGACGUGCAUCAGAACAUGGGUUACUGUCCUCAGUUUGACGCUAUUGAUGAGCUGCUGACGGGCCGAGAGCACCUGUACCUGUACGCUCGCCUCCGCGGAGUCCCCGAGCGAGAGAUCAGCCGAGUGGUGGAGUGGGGUAUUCAGAAGCUGGGUCUGGUGGAGUACGCCGGCAGGUGUGCGGGUACCUACAGCGGCGGCAACAAGAGGAAGCUCUCCACCGCCAUCGCCAUGAUCGGCUGCCCACCUCUCGUCCUGCUGGACGAACCCACCACCGGCAUGGACCCCCACUCUCGCCGCUUCCUGUGGAACGCCAUCAUGAGCGUCAUCCGGGACGGGAGGGCAGUGGUCCUCACCUCUCACAGUAUGGAGGAGUGUGAGGCUCUCUGUACUCGUCUCGCCAUCAUGGUCAACGGGACCUUCAAGUGUCUCGGCACCAUUCAGCACCUCAAGUACAAGUUUGGAGACGGGUACGUGGUGACGAUGAAGAUCCGAGCUCCUAAGCCGGGUUUAUCUCCUGAUCUGGGUCCGGCGGAGGCGUUUAUGGACAGCAGUUUUCCGGGUUGUGUUCAGCGGGAGAAACACUACAACACCCUGCAGUACGAGAUCGCCGCCUCCUCCCUCGCCAGGGUCUUCCAGCUGGUAGCAGCGAACAAGGAGAAGCUGAGCAUCGAGGACUACUCCGUCUCCCAGACCACCCUGGACCAGGUGUUUGUGAAUUUUGCGAAGCAGCAGUCAGGUGAGGAUGAUGAUGUGAUUCUUCACCCCCGAGCGGCGGGGGCUCGGCGAGAGAUGAAGAUUUCCCCCUCACCACCACCUCUAAAAACACCCGGUGACAUCAGCGCACUGGCCACGCCCCCAACAGAUCACCUGACCUACCUGCUCACACCAACAAAUCUCCACAAAUCUCAGAGUGAAGCUCCUGUAUAAUUUCACUCCGCCUGCCUGAAAACCUCAGACCAGAUUUAAAUUUUUCUUCUGAAUUUUUACUUCAUGAAAGUGAAUUUCCUAUUUUUGUGGAUAAAAAUUACUUUCUAUUUCAAAAUGUUGACUUUCUUACCUGAAUUCAUACUUUACUAAAAAAUACUUUUAGUUCCUAAAUCAUACUUUUGUGAGGUAAGACAUUACUUUCUGCUCCUUAUUUUCAACUUUUUAAUGUAAAAUAUUAUUUUAUGUAAUGUAAAUUUCAUCUUUUUGAGGUAAAACAUUACUUUUUGUUCCUAAAUUAUACUUUCCUGAGGUAAAACCUCACAUUCUGUUCCUUAACUUUUACUUUUUCAAUGUAAAACAUUACUUUUUGUUAUGUAAAUUUUACCUUUUUGAAGUAAAAUAUUACUUUGUUUCUUAUAUUUUACUUUUUUUUAGGGUAAAACAUUACUUUCAUCUCCUAAAUUUUACCUUUUUGAGGUAAAACAUUACUUUCGUUCUUCACGUUCUUUUGCUUAAUUAUUUUUUUUUUGAGGAAACGUUUUUACUUUUGUUGGGGUAAAACAUUACUUUCUGUAAUGUAAAUCUUGCCUUUUGAGGUAAAACAAUUUUCUGUUCCUAAAAUCCCUUUUUUUUUUAGGUAAAACACAUUUUUGUAAUGCAAAUUUCACUUUUAUUAACUAAAUAUUUACUUUCUGUUCCUGAAUAUUUAUAUUCUGGUCUGUAAUUUAAUUUUCUUGAUGUAAACAGACCGAAUUUCACCUAAAUUCACUUUUUCACUUCAGUUUUUUAUUUUCUGGGUCUGAAUUUUUGCUUUCUUUUCAACAAUUCUGCUUCUAGUUUCUACUUUCUGGGUCUGUUACGAAGCUGUGUGUGUGUGUGUGUGUGUGUGUGUGUGUGUGUGUUGAACCCAUGAACAGUAGUAGAUUCACUCUUCAGUGGUGCUACAUCAUUACUCUGAUUUAAAGAACAGAUUAAAUACCCGCCCACACGGAACCCGCCCACACGGAACCCGCCCACUCGGAACCCGCCCACUCGGAACCCGCCCACUCGGAACCCGCCCAAUCAUAAUCCGCCCACUCAAUUAUUUUAAUUUUAUUUAAAUUUACAGAAUCUUUCCAGCAUGUGUUCAGGAUGCUCUGCUGUAUGUGGGCGGAGCUUGCUGUUGUUUAUGGUAAUGAUCGGUCGUGGGAUUGGUCUGUAGCACGUCCUGUAUUUUCACAUGGUUUACAUGUUCGCACAUUUACUGUAAAUAUAAUUUUCUGCGCUUUUUUGGUGGUUUAUGUUUUAUUAUCAGUAGAACUGUAGACUGAACUCAGCUGAACCCGUGCCUGUCCUCUUUUACUCUUUUCUUUUUUUUUUGCAUGCACAAUUUGUGGAAUUUAUACUCCAAAUUUAAUUCAGUUCGUUUUAUUUUUCUGGAUAUUUUGCAGCUCUAGAUCUUCCUCACUGCGUAAAAUGUACUGUUUAAUAUUUAAUAUCAGUAUUAAAAUGAUCCAAACCUGA